AUGUUGAGGUCAUUCUUUGUUAAGGGUACUCUGAAGCAGAACAGUCAUCAUCUUCUACUAUUCAAUCAAUGGAGAGCGCUGCAUAGUAGAAAUAAGAAGGCAAUGAAGUUAAUAGCCAAAGGUUGGAGUGCCUUGAAGGAAGUUGAUAGAGUCAUUGAUUAUGCAGAACUUAAGGACAAACGUCUUAUCCCUCUCCUCCGGACAGCAAAGGAGAACUUUGAGUUGGCUUUGGAGGCUGACAAUUCGAACACCCAUGCUAGAUAUUGGUUGUCCAAAUUGCAUCUCAAAUACCAUGUCCCGGGGGCAUGCAAAGCCAUAGGUGCUGCUUUGUUAGUGGAAGCUGCAGAUAUGGGUGAUCCAGAUGCACAAUAUGAACUGGGCUGCCAGCUGAGAGUUGAGAAUGAUUACGUUCAAUCAGAUCAGCAAGCAUUUUAUUAUUUGGAGAAGGCUGUUGAUCAAUUGCAUCCAGGUGCUCUUUACCUUCUAGGUGCUGUAUAUUUGACAGGCGACUGUGUGAAGAAAGAUGUUGCAUCAGCAUUAUGGUGUUUCCAUAGAGCAUCAGAGAAGGGACAUGCUGGUGCAGCUAUAGCAUAUGGAUCCCUUAUUCUAAGAGGUGUUGAGGUCCCAGAAUCUCUGACAAAAUGCAAUUCAAAGAGAAGUUCCUCCACCCGAAAAUCAGGGAAGGAUGCAGCAAGUACUGUUGAGAAUCCAGUGGAGAUGGCAAGAGAACAAUUUGAAAUUGCUGCAAGAGCUGGAUGUGAUCUUGGAUUUAAAUGGUUGCAAAGACUCGAAGAGGAAGAGAAGCGUUUGCUGGCUGGAUAAUGAAUAAAUUGAAAUUUCUCAGAAAUUGAAAGUUGCUUGCAUCACAUAUCCUUUUUUAUUUGCUUGCAUCACAUGUCCAAGACACCAUUAGGGAAUUUUGAUACCUUGUGUCAAGCAAAGUAAGUUCGUUUUUUUUUGGUCCCAUGAAAGGUCUUGCAGAGAACUGGGUGACUGUUUUGUAGUUGAGUUCAGUCCUCACUGCUUGUUUGGUCCAAAGGAAAACGACAAUUAUGUUCAGUGAUUGUUUUGUCCAAGAAAAUGACAAUUAUGUUCUCAUUUCUCACCCGUCUUAAUGAGGAACUAUCUUUACUGUACAAUUAUGCUUCAAAUCUAUAGUGAUUGAUGGGUUAUUUACCCAAAUUGGCAACCA